AUGUUCAACGCAACCGUUGCCGGCGCCGCAACAACAAUCACAGGGGAUUUCAUGGUCAACGCAACCGAGUCCGUUGUUGCAACAACAAGCACCGGAGAUUUCAUCGUCACUUCCACCAUUGCCGAUGCUGCAACAACAGUCACGAGAGAUUUCAUGGCCGUCGUCAGCGGUGCCGGCGCUGCAACAGUCACCCGAGAUUUCAUCGUCAACUCCACCGUUGCCGGUGCUGCAACAACAAUUACCAGAUAUUUCAUGGCCAACGCCACCAAUGCCGGUGCUGCAACAACAGUCACCGGAGAUUUCACUGUCAAGGCAAACGGUGCCGGUGUUGCAACAACAAUCACCAGAGAUUUCAUGGCCAACGUCCCCGGAACAAUUACCAGAUAUUUCAUGGCCAACGCCACCAAUGCCGGUGCUGCAACAACAGUCACCGGAGAUUUCACUGUCAAGGCAAACGGUGCCGGUGUUGCAACAACAAUCACCAGAGAUUUCAUGGCCAACGCCACCAAUGCCGGUGAUGCAACAACAACAGUCACCGGAGAUUUCACUGUCAAGGCAAACGGUGCCGGUGUUGCAACAACAAUCACCAGAGAUUUCAUGGCCAACGUCACCGGAACAAUUACCAGAUAUUUCAUGGCCAACGCCACCAAUGCCAGUGGUGCAACAACAACAGUCACCGGAGAUUUCACGGUCAAGGCAAACGGUGCCGGUGUUGCAACAACAAUCACCAGAGAUUUCAUGGCCAACGUCACCGGAACAAUUACCAGAUAUUUCAUGGCCAACGCCACCAAUGCCAGUGCUGCAACAACAACAGUCACCGGAGAUUUCAUCGUUAACUACACCAUUGCCGGUGCUGCAAAAUCGGUCAGCGGAGAUUUCAUGGCCAACGUCAUCGGUGCCGGUGCUGCAACAACAGUCACUGGAGAUUUCAUGCUCAACGCAACCGAGUACAGUGUUGCAACAACAAUCACCGGUGAUUUCUCCGUCAAUGCCAUCGUUCCCGGUGCUGCAACAACGGUCACAGGAGAAUUCAUCGCAACCUGUGCCGGUCUUGGAACAAAAACAGUCACAGGAGAAUUCAUCAACGAAGCUGAUGCAGCAGGAGCCACUGCCGUCUCCACCGCAGACGAAGUUGACUUUGAACGUUAA